AUGCACGACGCCUUCGUCCAGUUUGCUUCCUUCGCAAAAAAGGAAACCGUGAAGAAGCCUGAGGCUUACUUCAUGCGCAUCGCGCUGAACCUGGCCAUCGACGCUCGCCGUGCGUCCUUGACUCGCGGUGAAGAAGUUCAGAUCGAAGACGUCGUGAUCCUUGACGGCUCGCCCAGCGCUGAUGACGUGGUGCUUUCCCGGGAGCGGACCCGCCGGUUGAUCGAGGGCCUCUCACGCAUGCCAGGCAAGACGCGGGCGAUUUUCCUGGCGAGCAAGAUGGACGGGAUGACUCAAAACGAGAUUGCCGAGCGGUUCGGCAUGACUCGAAGCGGGGUCGAGUGGCACCUGGCCAAAGCGGUGAUGCAGAUCACCAGCUGGAUGGAGGGUUGGUAG